AUGGGCGUUCUUCAGAACAUUUCAAACUCUCCAAGGGAGAUUGAGCUGUAUUUCCAGCCCAUGAAGCUUGUGACACUCUUGUUUGCUACUAUCAUCGGUAUACCCAUCCUCUGGAUUCUAGCAGACUAUGCCCGCGUUCUCCGACUUCGUCAGAAACUCCCUCCAGGACCAUUUCCUGCACCAUUGUUUGGGAACUUCUUCUCCAUUCCAAAACUUAAACCGUGGAUUGAGUUGGAAAAAUGGUCUGAAUACUACAAGGACCCAAUGAUCACGAUUUGGCAGGGUCAUCGACCUACAAUCAUGUGCAAUGACAUCUGGACCAUCUCGGAAUUACUUGACAAGAGAGCCAAUAUCUACUCCUCUCGCCCGCAUAUGAUUGCAAUGGGGGAUUGUGUGAAUGCCACGGAGACAAAUCAAGUUUGUCUCGUCUACGGAGAUAGGUGGCGUCUACAUCGUCGUCUUAUGCACACUGCUGUGGGCUCCCAAGCUGUACGCUCAUAUCGAGACAUCCAAAGCAAUGAGUCAAAAAUCCUGGUUCGAGAUCUCAUGGAUAGGCCCGCCGACUUCGUGUUAUCUAUCGAACGAUAUUCCUGCUCCAUCGUGUCGAUCAUUGGCUGGGGUCGACGUAUCGACAAGAUCAAUGACUACGUUGCACAAAUGGCACUCAAAGCAAUGGAAGGUGUCGAUCUGAUCAUCCCCGGACUCUUCAUCAUGGAGUCGAUUCCCAUCCUCGCCAGGCUUCCAAGAUGGCUCAACUGGAUCUACCCUCUUCCACAUUCACUCAUUACUUUUUCAAAACACUUGCAGAGGUAUUUUGUUGCUUUGUCAAAAGAAGGUGCCCACGCACCGGAGGAUAACUUUGCCAAACGCCUCUUUAAGGAACAGCAAGAAAACGGCCUUCACGACGACGAGAUUGCCUCUCUGACUUCAAAUCUCAUUGGCGGUGGAGUUGAUACUACCAGUGGCACAUUGAUCUCGUUCAUUCUGGCCAUGUGUGUCUUCCCAGAAGCACAGAGGAACGCUCAAAAGGAACUCGAUCGUGUUGUGGGCCCAGACCGCGUUCCCGAUUGGAGUGACGAGAAUCUUUUACCAUAUGUCAAAGCUGUAGUGAGUGAGGUGCUCCGGUGGAGAACCGUCACUAUUCUCGGUGGAAUCCCUCAUGCUCCAAUCCAGGACGACGAAUAUCGUGGAUAUUUCAUUCCCAAAGGCACAGCCAUCACGGGGAAUGUCUGGGCAAUCCAUCGAAAUCCCCGAGAUUUCCCAGAACCUGACAAGUUCCGUCCGGAACGGUAUUAUGGAGGAUUGGAACGACCAUAUCCAAAUAAGCAAGGACAUAACGCUUUCGGUUGGGGUCGUCGACAAUGUAGCGGACAGCCACUGGCGGAACAGGGGCUUUUCUUGACUAUUGCAACGCUGUUGUGGGCAUUUGACAUCAAGCCCGGGCUGGAUAAAAAUGGAAACGAAGUCAGCCUGGACAUUUUCGCGUACACUAAGAGUGAGAAUAUGAGGCCAGAACCUUUCAAAGCACGUUUUCUCCCUCGCUCGCGAGAGAUCGAACAAAUUAUCCGCGAAGAAGCUACAAGAGCGCGAAAAGAACUCACUGUAUUUGACGGCGAAACUAGAUUAACUCUGGACAAUGUACCGUAG